CGCCCCCUUCUCCGUUUAGCCAGAACGAGGAUUUUCACGAAAACAUCGACCGCAGAUUGCGCAGCAGAGCACAGCAGCCACACCACGGGAAUGGAUCCAGCUGCGUGACAGCUCCGUGGAUGGCGUGUUUGAAGUUGUUUUAGCGAUGUUUGGCUAUGAAGACAAACGUUAGAGGCAGUGAGAAGAUUGUUUCACGACGAUGUCACUCAUUUAACGUCCAAAAAGGGCCGAAGAAGUGGACUCCCUCCCCUCCGCUUUCCCUUUCCCCCGCCCCCCGCUCCUUCGCUUCGGUGCAGCCGUUACGGCCGAUGGAGGCUGACGGGACUUUUGCAGCGAGCUGGAGGCCCGGAGCGUCACCUGUGAAGCGUCGUCACUUCGCUGCGGGACGCGUUUGAGAGACUAAAACCCCGCACUGACUGCGUGUUUCCUUCUAACGGCUGACUGUACAACUUUUCCAGGAGGGGGAGAAAAAGUUAGCAGCUCGACGUUAGCUGCACGAGCCCGACCCCCGCGCGCACGAUGACUGAUUUGACUUAACGGAGCGGUUACUAACCGCAUCACGUCACGCAGGACAGGUGAACCCACGCGCGGUUACCCCCUGUGGAUGGACUUCACGGUUUCUUCUUCGGUGGAGUCAGUUUUUACCCGAAUUUCCCAGUCUACCUUGGAGGACUGGAUCCUCAAACAGGGACUGGUUGUUUUAUUUUUUAUUUUUCCUCUUAAAAACUUUCUUCUUUACCGACCAUCAUGUCACUGAAAGAAAACGCCUGUCGGAAAUUUCAAGCCAACAUUUUCAACAAAAGUAAAUGUCAAAACUGCUUCAAACCCAGAGAGUCACAUCUGCUGAACGAUGAGGACUUAAAUCAGGCCAAACCCAUAUAUGGAGGAUGGUUGCUACUGGCACCAGAGGGAACAAACUUCGACAACCCCUUACACCGAUCUAGAAAAUGGCAGAGAAGAUUCUUCAUCCUGUACGAGCACGGGUUACUUCGCUACGCCUUGGACGAAAUGCCCAGCACUCUGCCCCAGGGAACCAUCAACAUGAACCAGUGCCUGGACGUGCUGGACGGCGAGGCGCGGACGGGCCAGAAGAGCUCCCUGUGCAUCCUCACCCCCGACAAGGAGCACUUCAUCCGGGCCGAAUGCAGAGAGAUCAUCAACGGGUGGCAGGACGCGCUGACCGUCUAUCCCAGGACCAACAAGCAGAACCAGAAGAAGAAACGCAAAGUUGAUCCUCCCACUCACCAGUCGAUCUGUGACCUUUCCUCCUGUUUUGCCCUCUCCCCCCUCUGCCCCCGUCCCCCGCCUCGCCCUGCGCCCCAGGAGCCGGGCCCGGCCAAGGUCACGGUGACCAGCGGCAGCAUCCCCUGCCUCCCCGGCAGCAUGGCCGACGCCGAGCAGGUCCCCACCAGCCGCGCCACCCUGUGGCAGGAGCAGAGCCGCUGGGGACGCGCCGCCAUCCCCUGCAGCCGCAGCGCGUCCUGCCUCAGCCAGCUGGGCCAGAGCCAGCCGGACGCCGCCGUCGCCACGCGAGACGACGGCGGCGCCGUCGGCUCAGGCCGGAAAGUCCGAGUGGAGAGCGGAUACUUUUCCCUGGAGAAGACCAAGUCGGAGCCGAACCCGGCGCCUCCUCAGCACCUGCCCCUCUCCUCCUCGGCGUCCUCCUCCUCUAUAGGAGCUUCCAGGUACGAACCGGACCUCCCCGCCGCCCAGCGCUCCCCGGACCCGCUCCCCUCCCCUAAAGCUCUGGUUUCCCCGAGCUACUCCACCAUCAGCUCCUCCCAGAGCUCCCUGGACUCCGAGCCCAGCAGCCGGGCGUCGCCCACUUGGGAGGCGCGCGGCCGGGCCGGAGGAACCGCGCGCGGCGUCGGGCGGGUCGGCCGGUCCGGCAGGGAGUACACGGCGCUGUCCGACGUUCCCCGCGCCCGCAUCCUGAGCUACAAGGACGCCUUCCGCUCCGAGAAGAGGCGGCAGGAGCUGCGGGAGCGGACCCGCAGCCCCGGCAGGGAGGAGGUGGUGCGGCUGUUUGGGGAGGAGCGCAGGAGAUCUCAGAUCAUCGGCCGGUUUGAGGAGAACCAAUCAGUGGAGCGUAUGGACACAAGCAGCAGCGGCGGCCAUGACACCUCGGCUAACACGACUGCGAUCCAGAGACAAAGCCGGAGCGAGAGACGUUGUCUGGAUGGGAAACACGAGAUGUCACUGGACACGGGGAAGGACCGCCUGGCGCCGGACGUCUCCAGCUCCAACUUCCUCAACUUACGAAGAGCAAAGUCUCUGGACCGCAGAGCCUCAGAGUCUUCAAUGACGCCGGAUUUGCUGAACUUUAAGAAAGGAUGGAUGACGAAGCUUUAUGAAGACGGAGUGUGGAAGAAACACUGGUUUGUGCUGACAGACCAGAACCUGAGGUUCUACAAAGAUUCGAUCGCUGAGGAGGCCUCGGAGCUGGAUGGCGAAAUCGACCUCUCCACAUGUUAUGAUGUCAAGGAGUUUCCCGUCCAGAGGAACUACGGCUUCCAGAUCCUUUGUAAGGACGGCGCCUGCACGCUGUCUGCCAUGACCUCCGGGAUCCGCCGCAACUGGAUCCAGGCCAUCAUGAAGAACGUCCGGCCCACCGUCGCCCCCGACGUCACGCGGAAAAACAUCUCUCUGAAACUGUCCGUUCUGAAGCCCAGAUCCAUCCCUGAUGAAAACAUAAAGAGCCAUGUGAUGUUGGAGCCCUCUCAGGUGACCUCUGACCCCAAGUUGGACGACUCCAAGCAGUCGCCGGGCAGCAACGCCACCACUCCUCCGUCUGAGCCGCGUAGGAAAGGAGUCCGCGAGCGCCGGCGAGAGGGCCGCUCCAAAACCUUUGACUGGACCGAAUUCAAAGUGGAGAGGAAGGAGAAGCCGGCGAAAGAGCGAGCGGACACGGUCGACCUCAGCUCGGCGUUCUCCACCACCUCCUCCUGCUCGCCCUCCUCCUCCGCCUCCUCGCUGGCCUCCUCGCCCGCGUCUUCCUCCUCCCUGCAAACCUCGUCCGUAUCGGCUCCGCCCGCCGCAGACGCGAAAGACGAGCCGUCCCCAGAGGAGCCGGGCAAAAUGGACGUCGACCACAGGGCGGUCAGGCCGAGGGGCGCUGACGCGACGGACGGCGUCGCUCCAGACGUCAGACAGGAAAUCGAACAGCGGUGGCAUCAGGUGGAGACGACGCCGCUGAGAGAGGAGAAGCAGGUCCCGAUUUCCACGACUGCAGGAACCGCCGAGCGACUGCCGGCUAACGAGCUAGCGGCGCUGCUGGACAAGGAGUUGGGACAGAAGCAGCAGGAGCUGGACCGGCUGCAGCAGCAGAACAGCCUGCUGAAGGAGCAGCUGGAGGACGCUCUGGGCCGGGAGCAGAGCGCCAGGGAGGGAUACGUCCUGCAGAGUGCAACGCCGCCUUCCUCAUCGCCACGCAAAGUGCCAUGGCAACAAUUACACAAGCUCAACCAAGACUUGCAGGGCGAGCUGGAGUCCCAAAAGCGCAAGCAGGAUCUCGCUCAGCAGCAGAUCCGGACGUUAAGACGCAGCUACACCGAAGCUCAGGAUGCCGUAGACCGCCAUGAGAACGACAUUCAGGCUCUGCAAACCAAACUUGCAUCUGCAAUGGCAGAAAUCAUAGCUAGCGAACAAGCUGUGGCUCGAAUGCGCAACGAGCUCAAACUGGAACAGGAGCGUUCAAAGGAACAAGAGGAGGAAUACGGCCGCAACGAGGCAACCUUGCGAGCCCAGCUGAAGGACAGCGAAGACAGACUCCGGGAAGUUGAGGCAAGCCUGUUGGAGAGGAACCAGGCCCUCAGGCACCUGGAGCGCCAGCAGGCCCUGCAACGAGAUCACGUGAAAGAGAUACAGAGGUUGCAAGAGAGGCUGCAGGAAGUAGCGGCUCGGCUAGCCGCUACCGAAGAGGGCCAGGCACUAAAGGAGGAACGGUUGAGGAACGAGCAGCAGAUCAUGCAAGAGAAACAUGAGAGAGAGAGACAGAACCUGUGCAGAAGAUUGGCGGAGGCCGAAUCUGCACAGAAGGAAGUAGAAGACAGGUUGUUGGAGGCUGAGCAACAGGUUGAGGCUUUGCUUAGAGGGAGACGGGCGUCAGGUGGGAAGGAGCACAAGGAGGAAAUGUUGAAGCUGCAGGAGCAGCUAGUUCUGAAGACGGACAGGAUGGAGACGCUGAGGGAAAGUGUGCGAAGGUUGGAGGAGGAGAAAGGCCAGCUGACCUGCCGCUGCCAGGAGCUUCUCAACCAGAUCACAGAGGCGGACCGCGAAGUGAACAAGCUACGCAGUCGUCUGGAAACCGAGGAAGCAGAUUACUACACCCUGGAGCAUUCAUAUGAGCGGGCCACGCAGGAGUUUCAGAAGAUGAGCCAGUUUCUCAGAGAAAAAGAAGAGGAGAUCAAGCAGACUAAAGAGAUGUAUGAAAGGCUGAUGGAGCGUAAAGAGGCGGACCUUAAAGAGGCUCUGGUCAAAAUGACGGCGCUUGGCAGCAGCUUGGAGGAAACUGAACAGAAGCUACAAGCUAAAGAGGUUCUUCUUUGUCAAAUGAGUCAAAGUCUCAUCAGUAAGACUGAGCCUUGCGAUGCUGAAGAAGAUCUGCAAGCCAAACUGGUUGUUGCAGAGGACCGCAUUGCAGAGUUGGAGCAGCACCUGACUGCCCUGCAGCUGGGCUACGCAGACCUCUGCUUGGAAAGGAAGCAAUGCUCAGACCAGGACAAAACUGGAGCAGUUAAAACAUCAAGCACAGACCUGUCCAUAGGUGACUCUUCCGAGAAGGAGCCAUCCUCUGACGAUAAAGAAUCUGAAGCAAAGAGACCAAGGAUCCGAUUUUCAAGUAUUCAGUGCCAAAAAUAUGUUGAUCCUGAAGUUGUAGAGACCGGUCAAAGAAGUUCAGCUGACGAAAACAUCUCUGACAUUGCGCUCUCGCACACUAGUGACCCAGAGAAGUUCAUUGCUAUCAUACAUGCACUAGAAACAAAGCUGCUCACCACCGAGGAUAAGCUGCGAAAUCUCACACAGAAUCUUGACGUUCAACGGGCCGCAGAACCCGGAAACGUCUCCAAUACCGAUCCAAAGGUGUCGGAAAGCGUGCCUUGCUCCCCAGAGGAGAUUAGGAGUGUUGAAAGUGAGACCAGGAGUAGUUCUGCUCUCGAGCAUUAUUGCAACGCCUUGAUGUAUGUUGAAAACGGGCGCGAGAAAGUUAGGGCGAUGCUCAGUGGCUGCCAUGGUACCACUGAUUUACAGCUGCAGUCGCUUUCAGAAGUAGAGAGUGAUUUAUUUAGUGCCUCUCUGCACAUCCGACAAGGUCAGAAGACGUUGGACGAGCAGUCACCGGUUGCUCAAACCCCAGAGGCCGUAGACAAGGAGUCCCUGCUCCUCUUUGCCAAAACAUUGUCCUUUGAAGCCGCCGUUUUGAACAAAAUGGCUUUGCUGAUACAAACCUCGAAGUCCGACCUGUUGCAAGCUCUUGUUGAGAUAUGGCAAGACUUGGAGCAUGUCAAAACAAGUGAACAGGAUUGCUUGGCGAUAGUUUACGCGGAUGUCUUGACCAGGAAGCUGAUGUUGGAAAGUACAUUCUGGAAGAACCUUGAGAAAUCUGAGGCUGCUGGAAUCGAAGAGAUCGAAGCUGAAACCGUCACAGUCAACACCUUCCUCAAAGCAGAAAUCACUUACUCCAUGGAAAACCUUAAACUUUGCUAUGAGGAGAAAUUCAAACUACUCAAAAGGGAGUUGGCUGAUGCCCACUUCAGGCUCAAUCAAAGGGAAACGGCUCUUAAAGCAAUUAUUGAUGCUUCAAAAACACCUGAUUUAAAAUCUGUGAUCAAGGAUGUGAAAAAGGACCUCGGUAUUAGCAAACAGAAGUUGGCUGACAUUCGCCCCCCUGAACUCGCUCCCUACAUGGAGCAGAUUGAAGUAGAAGAAGCUAGAGGUUUGGCUGAGGAAGUCGUUGAUAGACACUUGGCAAGUGUGCUGCCGUACGGCGGUCAGGCUAUUGAAUCCUUUCAAAACACUCAUGAAUACCUGGCUAACGAGCUCCAAAGACAAGCAGGUAUCCUGCAAAGGUACGCAGAGGAGAUAGAAAGCAGUGGAAGCCAUCCUGCACUGUCCAAAAUGAUCCAGGCGGUUCUAGGACACCAAACAUCCCAUAAUGUCACAAGUGCCUCUCUUUGCAUGCGAGAAGCCCUCAUUCAGGCCCAGGUGGCGUACGUGGCAUGCAGGCUGCGGGCCACGCAUGAGCAGGAGCUGGACAUGUGUCGGCAGACCAGUCAGGAUAUGGAAGCUCUGGUGCAGCAGCAUUCAUUCAAGGUCGUAGAAAUCCAAGAAAAAUACGAGGCGUCUUUGCGACAGGAGCAAGAGAACUUUUCCCAAACUAUGAUUGCUCUCCAGAGAGAGAACGAAGCCCUGAAGAGUGAGCUGAGCGAACGCGUGAACCAGCUCACCCUUCAGCAGGAGCGAGUGUCUCUGCUGGAGGAUCGUUUCCGGAAGGAGACCGAAGAGCUGAAGGAGAAGUGCCAAAGCGAGCUCAGUCAAGCGGAGCAUUGCCGCGCCUCCACGGAGCUGGUGCUCAUAGAGACGGCCGCCGACAGCCAGAGAAAGCUCGAGGUUCUACUGGCGGACAUCGACAGCAUGGAGGAGCGUCACAACCGUCACGUUAGGAAGCUGGAGGAGCAGUUCAGAGACCGGAUCAUCGAGCUGCAGCAUCUUCACAGAGAGGAGCUGGAUAAGUUACAUUCCCAGUAUGUCGAAGGCUUUCAGAGUGCCGACAAACGCCCUGAGGUCCUGAACUCGCCUCCCUGCGAAGAGGUGGAGUCUCGAAUGGAAGAGGAAGACGAGGGGAAGAGGGCGGAUGUGCUAAACGUGUCGGAGCUGGACUCCAUGAUGGUUCUGAAGGACCGAAUCCAGGAGCUGGAGACGCAGAUGAAUAGCAUGAAGGACGAGCUGGAGAACAAGCACCUGGAGGGGGAUGUGGCCAGCCUGAGAGAGAAAUACCAGAGAGACUUUGAGAGUCUUAAGGCGACGUGCGAGCGAGGCUUUGCUGCAAUGGAAGAAACCCACCAGAAGGUGGUGGAAGACCUGCAGCGGCAGCACCAGAGGGAGAUUUCCAAACUCAUGGAGGAGCGAGAGCGACUGCUGGCUGAAGAAACCGCUGCUACUAUUGCUGCUAUUGAAGCGAUGAAAAACGCACAUAAGGAGGAGCUGGAGAAGAACCAGCGCUCCCAGCUGAGCGGUCUGAACUCGGACAUCGACGAGCUCCGCCUGCAGUACGAGGAAGAGCUCCAGUCCAUCCAGAGAGAACUGGAGGUUUUAUCCGAGCAAUACUCCCAGAAAUGUCUGGAGAACGCUCACCUGGCUCAGGCGCUGGAGGCGGAGAGGCAGGCCCUGCGGCAGUGCCAGAGAGAGAACCAGGAGCUAAACGCUCACAACCAGGAGCUGAACAACAGGCUGACUGCAGAAAUCACUCGCAUGCGCUCAUGUUUCAGCGGGGAGUCGGCU